AUGUCCCCGUACUGUUUUGGGUAUUCCAAAUCAGUAUUAUUGGUGCUCUUCUCCCUAGUCUGCCUCUCCUCUCUCCCGCUGUCUCCGGCGGAGCCUUCGCCCUCUCCCGCCCCCGCCCCCUUUCCCUUUCCUUCCCUCCUCCACGAUGUGUCCCACUUCAUCUACUUCCCCGGGACCCCAGUCACCCCACGCUGGCACAAGAGCACCCUCACCUACGCCUUCUCUCCCGACCACGGGAUCGACUACCUGGACCCCGCGGAGGUGCGGGCCGCGUUCGCCCGCUCGUUCGCACGCUGGUCCGCGUGCAUCCCCGUGACCUUCACCGAGACGGAGGACUAUGAAAACGCGGACGUGAAGAUCGGGUGGUACAGCGGGGACCACGGGGACGGGGCCCCAUUCGACGGGGUGCUCGGUGAGCUGGCCCACGCGUCCGAACCCGAGGACGGGCAGAUCCACCUGGACGCGGCCGAGAGAUGGGCCACCGACUUGCGCAAGGAGCGGUCCAAGGUUGCGGUGGACCUCGAGUCGGUGGCUAUGCACGAGAUCGGACACGUGCUCGGGCUCGGCCACUCGACGGAUAGGGAUGCGGUCAUGUACUUUCACCAGGGGCGGAGGACGAGAAAUGUGGAGCUGGCGGAGGAUGACGUGGUGGGGAUCCAGACGUUGUACGGGGUGGUCCCAUUCAAAGACUACGUGUCGUCGGGGACGGUGGAUUUGGAGGGAAGAAAGGGACUGAUGAUGAGGUGGAGUGCCACGGUUAAGGUUAGGGAGGGUGGCAGAGACUGGGGUUGGGGAGUUGUAGUCAAUGUGGUAAAGAAAACCCCAGCUGCAUCCAAUUCUUUAUCGGCUGUAUUUGCUUCUCACGUAGUAAUAGUUACAUUGUGGAUAUCCUUCUUCACUGCUCCUUUGGCUCAAGUGAAAACUGUUCUCAACCAAAACCUUGCACUCCUCAUCCUGGAGAAAAAGUUGCAGAGAAAAUAUGGAAGACUCAGAGGACUUAGGAACCUCUCUAACCUCUCUGUUGGUGAAGAUCACAAGAUAAUGACAAGGAAAAAUCCUGUUGAGGGUGCUAUUGCAGUAGCUUAUGGAGUAAAACAUUUUAAAGAACGAACUUCAAAGACCAAAAAAGCAGUAGCAGAUGAAGUUUCUAAACUUCCUCUUGCCAUGAUGACAAAGUAA